CAGAUAUAGGACCUCCGUCUUCUUGGAAAAGAUUCAAGAGUUGAGUUGUGCGUUUUACGGUCGACUAAAUGCACCAUUAAGGAUUCUUAAGCUUCUCAAAAUUGAAAAAAGUGAUAUGAAUACUAAUAUGUUUAUAUUCAGUUUGAUUCAUGUACUUUGUUCAUUACUGAAAAUAUUGGCUUUGACCGACAAUAUCGUUACAUCACAAUCUCUAAAUGAUGGUGAAACACUGGUUUCAGAAGGGGGGAGUUUUGAACUGGGUUUUUUCAGUCCAGGUAAUUCCAAGAAGCGGUACUUGGGAAUUUGGUACAAGAACGUCCCAAUAAGAACUGUUGUUUGGGUUGCAAAUAGACAGAACCCUAUAAAAGAUUUGUCUGGCACCCUGAUGAUCAAUAUCACCAGUAGUCUUGUACUUUCAAGUGGGAACAAUAGUGAUGUUUGGUCAACAAAACCAUCGAAGGGCGCUCAAGAUCCAAUAUUACAGCUUUUAGAUUCGGGAAAUCUUGUCGUGAGAGAUAACUUAGAUGGACAAAUGGAUGUUUAUCUGUGGCAGAGCUUUGAUUAUCCAUCUGAUACUUUGUUACCCGGUAUGAAGCUCGGGUGGGACUUGCGAACUGGUCUUAAUAGGAAAUUAUCCUCUUGGAAGAAUUCUGAUGAUCCAUCUCCUGGUUUACUAAGUGAUAGGGUAGAACUUGCUGAAUAUCCUCAGGUGGUUUUGCGGAAGGGAUCAGAAAAGUUCUGUCGAACUGGUUUAUGGAAUAGCCUGCAAUUUAGCGGUUCUCCUGAAUUAAGGCUCAACCCAGUAUUUGAAUUUAAGGUCGAGUUUAACCAGGAGGAGGUUUACUACAUGUACCAGCUCAAGAACAAAUCUGUAAUCUCGAGGCUUGUUGUGAAUGAAACCACAUCUACAGGUCAACGAUAUACAUGGGUGGAAGCAGAUCAAUCUUGGAAGCUUUAUUAUGAAAUACCUCGAGACUACUGUGACAAUUAUGAUCUAUGUGGCGGAAAUGGAAUAUGUUCCAUCAAUCAUUUACCAGUUUGCAGAUGUUUGAAAGGUUUCAAACCAAAGUCGGCCCAAAGCUGGAACUCAAUGGACUGGUCACUUGGAUGCAUCCGCAAUGAGACUCUAGACUGCCACAGGAAACAUGAUUUUAUAAAAUUUUCGGGCUUGAAACUGCCUGAUACUCCAGAUGCUUGGGUAAACACGAGUAUAAGUCCUAAAGAAUGCAGGGAGAACUGCUUGAAAAAUUGUUCUUGUAUUGCUUACGCAAACUCAGAUAUUAGCCAAGGAGUCAGAGGAUGUAUCCUUUGGUUUAACAAUUUGGUGGAUAUUAGAGAGCUUUCGGAUGGUGGGCAAGAUCUUUAUAUAAGAAUGCCAGCUUCAAACAGAGCCAACAGGUCUCCAGUGACUAUAAUAGUGGUGAUUGUGGCUACCAUUACUGGAUUAUGUGGAGUGCUUGUAAGUUACUAUAUUUGCAAGGGAAAGAUGAAAUCUGAAGCGGAAACUGGAGGACACAACACUGAUGCAGGGCGAGAAGAAGAUAUGGAUCUACCCUUAUUUAACUUGGCUACAAUAUUUCUGGCCACUCAGAAUUUUUCUGUAAACAUGAAACUCGGCGAAGGAGGGUUUGGACCUGUCUACAAGGGCACGCUAGAAGAUGGGAAAAACAUUGCUGUGAAGACACUGUCGAAGGAUUCUGGACAAGGACUAAACGAGUUCACGAAUGAAGUUAAACUGAUAGCAAAACUACAACUCAGAAAUCUUGUAAAGCUUCUUGGUUGUUGCAUUGAAGACGAAGAAAAAAUAUUGAUUUACGAAUACAUGCCCAAUGGAAGUCUUGACUCGUUUAUUUUUGAUCAAACCAGAUUAUAUCAAAUAGAUUGGUCGAAGCGUUUCAAUAUCAUAUGUGGAGUUGCUCGAGGACUUCUCUACCUUCAUCAAGAUUCCAGGUUGAGAAUCAUACAUAGAGAUCUUAAAACGAGUAACGUGUUACUUGAUGAAGAGUUGAACCCAAAAAUCUCAGAUUUUGGAAUGGCAAGAAUUUUUGAAGGCAAUGAGAGUGGAGAAACUACAAAAAGAAUUGUUGGGACAUAUGGUUACAUGGCCCCAGAAUACGCUUAUUACGGGUUGUUUUCAAUAAAAUCCGAUGUCUUUAGCUUUGGCAUUCUAAUACUGGAGGUCAUCAGUGGAAAGAAGAAUCGUGGAUUCAAUCAUCCACAAAAUCAAAACCUUAUUGGAUAUGCGUGGAGAUUGUGGACAGAAGGCAGACCACUUGAACUGAUCGAUCCACUGCUGGAGGAUUCAGCCAAUCGACCUGAGAUGUUAAGAUGUAUCCACAUAGGUCUCUUGUGUGUGCAGCAAUCUCCAGAAGAUAGGCCAACAAUGUCAUCAGUGAUUUUGAUGUUAAAUGGAGGGAGUCCAUUGUCUCAGCCAAAACACCCUGGUUUUCUAAUAGAUAUGAUUCCAGGUGAAACACGUCCUCCAUCAAGCAACGAUGAACCAAGUUUGGUCAAAUAUUCUUCGAUUACGGUGUUGGAGGCUCGGUGACAUACUGGUUCAAAAGUAGAAAACCAUGUUAGUCAAGCAACUUUUGCGUCCAUUCAAUGCUAUUUGUUUUGAAACUUGAAGUGUCCCUUGACAUGUUUGGUUUAUUGUAACGUAAAGAAAAGUAGAUUCAAAUCUUAUUCAUUCUAUUGUACAUUAUAUGUUAGUCAUUAGGUAUAUUGUAAUAUUGCAAAGAAAAGUAAAUUCAAAUCUUAUUCA